GACCGAGAAGCUGGCUGUCGCGGCCGCAUCGGGGCCGUCCAUCGCGCAGGCGCGGACCCGAAACCCACCACGGCGACAAAACCACCACCCUGCACUCGCGAAAUGGGUCGCGGCUCGCAACCCACGCCUCCUCGGCCCCGGCUCCGAUCUGCUAAGCCCCCACCGGAUCGGGUUGCGGGUCCCCUCCCCGCGACCCAUCACCGCCGCUCGCCGCCGGCCGCCGCAGACGAGUGUGUAAGCCUACACGCGAUACCAUGCUGGCACCGGCAGCGAUGGAGGUGACGAUUGAUGGCACAGUGAGCACCACGCUCGCGUCUGUGAACGCGGUGCACAAUCCACGGGCACGCAAGUUGCGGUCUGCUGUUUGGCAGGACUUCACCAAGGAGCGCCGUGCUGACGGCAAUUGCGUUGCUAUCUGUAACCACUGCAAGAAGCAGCUCACAGCAACCAGCCGUUCAGGCACCACACACCUACGCAACCACCUUGCGAUAUGCACCACCACCUCUACACGCCGUGCUGGUAAGCGUCGGAAGCUGAUUGUGCGCCGUAUUCUCCACAACAAAACAUCCACUGGGCAGCCUGGCGAUGGACAUGCCUCUGGUGAGGACAAUGACAAUGAUAGCACACACUUUGAUCAAGAACUCAGCCGGCAAGACCUUGCCCGUAUGAUUGUCCAGCAUGGCUACCGGUUUUCAAUAGUGGAUGAUCUGGGGUUUCGAAAGUUCGUCAAGAAUCUCCAGCCACAGUUUAGCAUGGUGUCAUAUGACAUAGUGAGAGCUGAUAGCAUGGCAAUUUAUGAAAGCGAGAGGCUGAAGCUCCAGGAUGUGCUCCUCAAGACCCCUUGCCGGGUUAGCAUGUCAGUUGAUAUGUGGCGAUCGAGUACACAGAUGGACUACUUGUGUUUGACCUGCCACUACAUUGAUCAUUCCGGCGAUGAAUGGAAACUUAGGAAAAAAAUUCUUAACUUUGUGCAUGUCGAGGAACAUUUUACAGCCAAUCAGAUUGCCAAUCUCAUUCUGGAGAAGUUACAACAGUGGGGUAUUGAAAGGAAGGUAGCUUCUGUUGUGCUAGACAAUUGCACCUCUGGUGACAUUGUUGCCACAGAACUUCUCAGAGUUAUGCAGCCUAGGAGACUUCUCCUGUUAAACGGAAAUUUGUUCCAUGUGCGCUCUUGUGCACAUAUUCUGAAUCUCACAGUUGAAGAAAGCUUGGAACAGACAUCUGACAUAAUUAAUAGAGUCCGUGAGAUGAUUCAGAAUGUCAAGUUCUCACAAGAAAGGCUUCAAAAGUUUCUAGAUACCGCAAAGCUGCUGCAGAUUGACCAAAAACUGUUAGUUCUUGAUUCUCCAAACAACUGGCCGUCCACUUACUUAAUGUUUGAUUCUGCAUGCUAUUAUCACGAUGUGCUUGUGCGCCUUGCAGAACAGGAAGCAAAUUAUGCUGCUUUCUUGACCGCUAAGGAGUGGGCUGAUGUGAAAGCCCUCACUGAAAUACUUGACGCGCUCAAUAAUACAAUGGAGAAGUUUCCAGUGGAAAACCCAACCGCAAACCUAUAUUUCAAUGACAUGUGUGAGAUCCAGGUUCUUUUGAACACCUGGCGCAAUAGUCCAUCUCCUGUUGUUGCACAAGUGGCUGGCCGAAUGCUGAAAAAGUUCGAGGGAUACUGGGAUCUUACUAGGCCAGUAAUGGCAUUUGCAUCCAUACUGGAUCCUCGGUACAAGAUGAAGUCAAUUGAGUAUUUUUUUCAGCUGAUUUAUGGAAAUGACCAAUUUACAGCAAAGGCAACAAUAGAAGCCAUCAAGCAAACCUUUACCAGCCUGUGCAAUGAGUAUGAACAUUCAGCAGAUUCAUUGAAAAAUCCAGCCGUUCUCUUCUACGCUGGAAACAGUAGUUCUUGCAUGAGCUCUGUGUACAACAAUGGAAAUGACUCUAAGACCUUCUCUCGCAUCACAUUAUCAGAUGCCCGACGGGGACUUGAUCAGUAUAUUCAGGAGUCAUCGUCAGGCCAGUCCUUCAAGUCUGACUUGGACUUGUAUCUUGAGGAAGCUGUCUAUCGUCAAAAAGAAGGGAAUCAAGAUAAUUUUGACAUCCUGGGAUGGUGGAAGUCUUUUGCGGCAAAGUAUCCUGUCCUUUCUCAAAUGGCCCGUGAUAUUCUUGCUAUCCCUGUAUCUAUCAUCCCACUGGACAGUGAAGCCCGGGUGCUGAAUGAGUAUCUCAGUACUAUGGACCCUUCAACGGUUGAGGGAUUGGUCUGCGCGCAAGAUUGGUUACGUGCAGACACAGAAGUUGCUAAUUCAGAUGGCCAUGCAGAUGAUAAAGUGCCACGUGGCGACGAACUUAUUGUGGCACCGAAUUAGUUAUUCAUCUGCGAUGAGGGCGUUUGGAGAAGAAUGGAGGUACAAGAAUGGCAUUUAUCCAUGCCCCUGUCCAAGAAGCAGCAACUUAAUCAUGUAAAUGUAUCAUCUAGUUCUAGACGUGUUGCCCCCCCAAAUGAAGGCUAACAUGGCGCAGCCAUCCCGUGCCAUUUUUAGAUAGUUUGGUCGGUGUACUGUGACUGCACUCUUGACUGUGUGUGUAUCAUGCUGCUCAGCAAAGCUAUUUGCAGACGUCCCCGGAGCCUCGGACAUGCCCUGGAGUGCUUGGAGUGGACAAUAUUGUGCAUCGAGCAUUUGGAAAGUAAUCCCAAAACUUAGAACCCUGAUAA